ACACACACACACACACACACACACACCUCGACACCUUCCCCUAUGUCUGCCUCCGAGACAUACCGGGGGCUCUCCCACGAGUUCUUCCGCCUGGUCAAGCACAUCGGCGAGGCCACGUCCAAGCAGGAGGAGGAACGUAUUGUACGGAACGAGAUGGAGACGGUCAAGACUGCGCUGAAGAACCCGGACAUGCCGGCCAAGGGCAAGAAGGAGCUGCUGGUGAGGGCCAUGUACUGUGAAAUGCUCGGCUUCUCGUUUGAACCGGCGUACAUCCACGCCGUUAACCUGACUCAGGAGAAGAACAUCCUCCACAAGCGGACAGGCUACCUUGCUGCUGCCCUCUUUCUGCAUCCAGAACACGAGCUCAUCAUCCUGCUCGUCCACUCGCUGCAGCGCGAUCUCAAGUCGACCAACGUGCUCGAGGUCUGUGUGGCUCUUGUCAGCACGGCCCUGCUCUCGGCAGACUACAUCCCGGCUGUCCUACCGUCGGUCGUCUCGCUGUUGCAGCACGAGUCAGGCAUGGUGCGCAAGAAGGCCGUCAUGGCCCUCCACUCGCUCUACUCCAAGGUCCCCGAUGUCGUCGACGGUCUACAGGACGAGAUCCGCAAAGUCCUCUGCGACCGCGACCCGGCCGUCAUGGCCGCCACCCUUGUUCUCAUCCACGACCUGGUUGUGGUGGACAAGGCGGGGUGGAUCGACCUAAUCCCCUCGUUUGUCUCAAUUCUCAAGCAAGUCGCCGACAACAAGCUCGCGUCCACUUUUUCCUACCACGGCGUGCCUGCGCCGUGGAUCCAGAUCCAGCUUCUGCGCAUUAUCGGCCUGCUCUGCGCCGACAACCUGCGCGGCUCAGAAUCAGCGUACGAGGUUGUCAAGGUUGCCAUGGUCAAGGCCGACUGCGGCGUCUUUGCCGGCUUCUCGGUAGUGCUCGAAGCCGUCCGCACCAUCGCCACCAUGUACCCCAACACGCUGCUCCUUGAGAUGGCCGCCAACAUGGUCUCCAAGUUUAUUGGCUCCACCAACAACAACCUCCGCUACGUCGGCAUCACCGCCCUCUCGCAGAUUGUGGCGCUCGACCCCAAGUACGCCGCCCGCCACGCCGUCACCGUCCUCGACUCGCUCGAGGGUGACGACGACACCCUCAAGCGCAAGACGCUGGACCUUCUGUUCAAGAUGACCAAUCCGCACAACGUGUCGGCCGUUGUCGAGCGCCUCCUCGCCUACCUUCGCUCCUCGGUCGACACCCACCUCCGCACCGACCUCGUCGAGCGCAUCGCCAACCUCGCCGAGCGCUAUGCGCCGAGCUCCACCUGGUACGUCCGUGUCAUGAACCUGGUCUUUGAGUACGCGCCGACCGUUGUAUCGCCGGCCAUGCUCGACGACCUGCUCCGCCUCAUUGCUGAGGGCACCGGCGACGACGACGCCGACGACGAGCUACGCGCCUACGCCGUCUCGGCCUAUGUCGCCAUGAUCGACGCUCCCUCGCUCCCGGACUUGCUCAUCAUCGCCAUCUCCUGGACCCUCGGCGAGUACACCUACCUCUCCGCCGACUACACCGAGGAGCAGGUCAUGGCCAAGCUCGUGGAGCUUGCCCGCCGCCCGUACGACGACCCGCAGACCCGUGCAGUCAUCAUCUCGGCCCUCACCAAGCUCGUUGCUCAGGUCCAUGCCGUCCCGCACGCGGUGGCGCAGCUCAUUGACCGCUUCUCCAACUCGACCGUCCUCGACAUCCAACAGCGUUGCUACGAGUUCAAGCAGCUGACCAAAGACUUUGAUCUCAUGGAAGUUGUCCUGCCUGUCGACGCCGCCAACGAGAUUAUCGACGUCGACCCCGCCCUGCCGUUCCUUGACGACUUUGUCGCCCGCUCGCUCGCCUCCGGUGGCCGCCGCUACCUCCCGCGCGCCGAGCGGUCGUGGCACGAUGGGCCCGACGGCGCCGCCUUUGACGCCGACCUCCUCGAUGCCGCCCUGCCGUCGACAGCCGCUGACUCUGCCAAGCCCGCUCUCCGCUUUGACGCCUACGACAACCCGCUCCUCCAGCCCCAGGCCGCACCGGCUGUCGCCGCGCACUCUGCAAGCACUCUGGCUGGCUCUGUGCCGACCACACCGGCCGCCGCCGCACCUGAUGUACCGGCCGCCGCUGCCGAGCCGCCGAGCGUCGGGGGCAUCGUUCUGCAGGGUGUCUCGCGCCGCUGGGGUGCGUCCGGAUUCGCCAAGCCUGCCACAUCGCAGCCGGUCGCCGAUGUGCAGUCGGCGGGUGCGGCGACGGCCGGGUUUGUCUCGGGCUUUGACCCGAAUGCACCCGCGACACCGACCGUUGCCGACGACAACGAGCACACGCCCGCGCUGUUGUCGGCGGCUCCCGACUCGGACUCGCACCUCGAGUCUGCUGAUCGUGGGGCAGCUGGCGGUGAAGCUACCUCGGACCCGACGCCCGACGCCGCUCCGUCCUCGCCGCGCGCGUCCGCGCGCGAACAACAGGCCCAGGCCCUGUUUGCCGGUACCUCGUCGCUCGGCCUCGACAAGCCCGUCGGCGUCCGCAUCCGCAAGGAUCGCAAGCCGCGCGGCCGCUCCCGCUCGCGUGAGCCAUCCAGUCCCGCGCUCACCACUGAUACUGCUCCUUCUGGCGCCGACUCGCAGGCGCACACGCUCUCUACCCAGGGAUCAGCCUCACUCCUCGACAUAUUUGGCGGCGGCAGCAGCAGCAGUCUGCCACCGGCAUCGCCGCCGCCAGUCUCCAAGUCGGCGUCAGCAUCGCUGCUCGACCUUGAUGGCUUUGGUACAUCCACGCCUGCCUCAACCGCUCCCACCUCGCCCGGGCCUCCAUCGGACGUGUUCUCGUUCAUGACUGCGCCGACCCCAUCGCCGUCGGCGGUAGCGUCCGCCACAUCUUUGGACGCAGGCUCCUCGCUCCUCCCGUUUGCAUCGGCCUCGGUCCCGCGUUCCGCCGCCUCCGGUGGAGCCUACGGCUGGCAGUGCGCCUCUGGCGGUCGCGAUUGCAAGACUCACUCGGAAGCCGCGGUUCAUGUCGUGCUCUACCUCGCCAACGCAUCCGACGCCCCGCUUGCCAACAUUGUGGUGACAUACGAGGGCCCAUCGGGCCUGCAGGUCGUCGCCGACGGCGACUUGCCCAUCGAGCAGAGAGGCAGCAAGUUUGCGCUGCGCGGUGAGCUGGCCGGCGGCGCGACGGUCGCAGUCGUCUUUACCUCGACCUAUCGAGCGCACUCGCUCAACCUCGCCAUCAACAUGGCUGUGGCGUAUACCGACAGUGAGGGCAGCUCGAGCUUCGUCCCAGUUCAGACCCACUUUGAUCUCACCGACCUCAUGCGCGGCAAGGAGCUGGUGACAGAGACUUUUGGCGGUGAGUGGAUCAAGCUCCGGUCCGAAGCUAAGGUCGCACUGGCGUCAGUGAGUGUCGGCAACGCUGCGCGGGUGUCUGACAUCCUUGUGGGAGCCCUCGGGGUGGCGCCGGUCGAUCUCAUCGGGCCCGAGGCCAUCCUCGCCGGCUCGCUCCUGGGCUCGACACUUGUCCUCGUCCAUGCCAAGCUCUCCAAGACCGGCUCGUCCGAGGCGCUCGAUGUGACUGUCCGCGCCAGCGACGAAGCCACCGCCCAGUUUAUGGUCGGAAUCGCCGGUGCGGCGCUUUCGUAG